AUGAACGCGUUUGGCAGUGGUGGCUUUGGUCAGAAUAAGCCGGGCGGGUUCGCCCAGCCAGCCGCUACUGGCGGCUUUGGUCAAAUGGGUGCCCCGCAGCAAGGUGGAUUUGGACAGCCCCCGCAGCAGCAGCGACAGGCUGGUGGAUUUGGCCAGCAGACAGGUGGAUUUGGCCAGCCGCAACCGCAGCAAGCAGGUCUCUUCGGGCAGCAGCCGCAGCAAGCCGGCGGGUUUGGCGGUCUGCCAGGACCGAAAUUCGGUGGGUUCGGACAGCAGCCGCAAGCGCAACAGCAACCGAAUGCGUUUGGUCAGCGUACCGGCGGGUUCGGUCAGCCGCAACCGCAGGCCGGUGGAUUCGGACAGCAGCCUCCGCAAACUGGCGGCUUUGGCCAACCGGUUGGCGGAUUUGGCCAGCAACCACAACAGCAACCCAAUGCAUAUGGUCAGCCGCAACAGCCAACAGGAGGCUUUGGACAGCCACAGCAGCAGACGAGCGCUUAUGGUCAGCCGGCGCAGCAAGCCGGCGGCUUUGGUCAACAGACGGGAGGCUUUGGUCAACAGACGGGAGGCUUUGGUCAGCCGCAACAGCCGGCUGGCGGGUUUGGGCAACCACAGCAGCCUCCGCAGGCUGGCGGGUUCGGCCAGGCCGCUGCCGGUGGCUUCGGCGCAGGGGGACGUGGCGCUGGCGGCUUUGGUCAGCAACCCGCAGUCGGCGGCUUUGGCCAGCAGCCGGGAGGUUUCGGCCAGCCGCAACAGCAAAGUGGAUUUGGUGCUGCGCAACAGCCAGCUGCUGGCGGCUUUAGCGCUGCCGGACGUGGUGCUGGCGGAUUCGGUCAGCAGCCCGCAACAGGAGGAUUUGGUGUACAGCAGGGCGGUUUUGGCGCGCAACAGCAAUCCGGCUUCGGUGGUGCCGCACAGCAGCCUGUAGCUGGUGGUUUUGGACAAGCAGCUGCAGGCACCGGAUUUGGCGCUGGCCGCGGCGCAACGACUGGCUUUGGCGCAGCUGCUGGAGGUGGGUUCGGAGCCCCUGCACAGCAGACGUCUGGUUUUGGGCAACCGGCGGCGGCCGGCGGCUUCGGUGCUGCUCAACAACCUGCUGCAGGGGCAGGCUUUGGGCAAGGUGCAGCUGGCGGUGCCUUCAGUGCAGCGGGGCGUGGUGCCGGUGGAUUUGGCCAGCAGCCCGCAACAGGAGGAUUUGGUGUACAGCAGGGCGGUUUUGGCGCGCAACAGCAAUCCGGCUUCGGUGGUGCCGCACAGCAGCCUGUAGCUGGUGGUUUUGGACAAGCAGCUGCAGGCACCGGAUUUGGCGCUGGCCGCGGCGCAACGACUGGCUUUGGCGCAGCUGCUGGAGGUGGGUUCGGAGCCCCUGCACAGCAGACGUCUGGUUUUGGGCAACCGGCGGCGGCCGGCGGCUUCGGUGCUGCUCAACAACCUGCUGCAGGCGCAGGUUUUGGACAGCCCGCUGCGGGCGUUGGCGGCUUCGGUCAGCAGCCCGUUGCGGUUGCGGGAUAUGGGCAACCCACAGCAACUACCGGAUAUGGACAAGCAGCUGCAGGGCCAGGGUUCGGACAGCAACUCGCUGCGGGGACUGGCGGGUUCGGUCAACCGCCUUCUACAGCGGGUGUCUCUGGCCAGGCCCCCAUCGCAGCGGAGGGAGCGCCGGGUGGUCUCCUCAACCUAGGCCGCCCCACCGAUCUCUCCUUCAUGUCGCUCCCGGACUACAACGCCAGCCCGUACGGCAAUGUGUUGCUCUUUGACACGUACGAGCGUCCUCUCGCCGCGAAGCAGGGGUCGAAAUUGCCGGGCAGCGACUUGAGCAACGCCGCUCCGUCGUCGCGCCGCGCCAUCCACACGUGGCUGGUUGGGCAGAUGCGCGUGCCGGAGGAGAACGCUCUGAUGAACCAGGGGCCCGCUUCCCUCGGCUCCAGUGCACUGUCGCCCUUCGCGUUGAAAGAAAUGUUGGUGCCCGCGGUGCAGCUGGGUGGCUCCAAAGAAGCAGACACAGCCUCCUCUCUCGCAGGAGUACAGCAACUACAGCAACGGCCACAGUCCUAUCCUCCGUCUCGCCCGUCGUCUGCGCCGGCCGAUGCUGUCGGCAACAGCGCUGUGGCGCCGCAGUGCAGCAACCCCGACUUUGUGACGAGCCCCAGCCUCGCCGAGCUCAGCGCCUACACCGCGGACGAGCUCCGUCGUGUCGCUUCCUUCUGCGUGCGCCUCCGCGACGGCUCGUGCGAGAUUCGCUUCCUGGACCCCGUGAACUUGGUGCGGGUGGAUGUGGGGGAUGUGGUGCACCUCAGCCACGAUGGCCGGGCCGUCCUCUACCCCCGCGGCGCAGCCUUCCCGUCGUCAGGCGGCCUCAACGUGCGCGCGGAGGUGCGCGUUCGCGACGAGGCGGGGACGCUGAAGGAGGAGUUGCUGCGCCAUUGUGAAGAGGUGCAGGGUAGCUUCGUGGGUUACCGCCAGGGGUGGUGCGUCUACCGUCUGAACGACGCCAGCAAAGCCGGUGUGGAUGGGGCGACGAGGGCAACCGCUGCUGCUGCAACUGCGGAGACGAGUGGUCUGCACCCGUUGAGUAUUGUGCGCGACGACGACGAGUACUCUCGCACCCUCAAUGACACCCGCGAAGAGUCGUCGGAGAGGGACGCCGACGUGGGGGACAACGCGAGCUCCUUGGAGGAAAACGACGGCGGAGCUGCAAACAACAAACUUGUGGCUGCAGUGCCGCCGACAGCGGAGAUCCGCCGGUUCGAAGUGCCCGCUGCAACACGGCAAUCGGCUGUGGCAGAGCGUCACCUCGCCACCGCGGCCGCCGCGGACUUUGAGCUGCCAUACGAGCUGCCAGACAUGUCGACCAGGAGUAAGGUCGAACCCUUUGCGGUACAACUCGGUGCGGCGCGGCCGUCGCUGGAGCCACGCGUGUUCUACGUCCGCGCACAGCAGUCGGCGAUUCAGCGCGCCUACGUGGCCCACCCGGGCGGGCUGCCGGGCUCGGAGAAGACGGUGCGCGGGAUGCUGGCGCGCAGCUCGCGGGCGGGGUUUAGCACCGCCGGAACGCUCGCCUUUGCCUCCCACGCGGAGUUGCGCGACGGCGCGGAAGCGGAUGGCGCCGUGCCGGAGGUGUUCGGUGCGCACGCGGUGGUCGCCACGCCGUUCCACUGGCACCGUCCCGCCAACAAAGUCCUCACGCAGUGCACCAUCACGUUGCUGCGUCUGCUCCUGCAGUACACCGACUUGACGGAGGAGGGCGGGCAGGACGCUGCCGCGUGCCCCCACGCCGCUAUUCAUCUUCACCGCGAGAGGAGCCACAACACCCUGUCGGCCGAGAAGCUGAUGGUAGCGCAGAAAGCGAUCGAGGAUGUUGUGGCCGCGAGAGCCGCGUCGCUGACCCGUGUGGAGGCGCUCUCCACGCGGCAGACGACCUCCGUCCUGUCGCUGCUAGCCGCGCUCUACGCGCUGCCCGAGGGCGACGAUGCGCUGCCAAACGCCGUCGAGGAGGCGCGCUACCUGCGCCAGCUGCGCCACCGCAACCUUGCCGCGUGGCUGAAACGGGAGCUGGCGACCUUCCUCGACACGACUAAGACGGCGGCCCUCUCCCCGGCAGAGGAGUUGGUGCAGAUCAUGCUGUGCCACAAGCUGCGCGAGGCCCGCACAUCAGCACGCUCUAUCGCGAACGAGGAGCUCGCGCGUGUGGUGCGUGUGUGCGGCGAGGGCAACCAGUUCGGCGGCUACGUAGAGAUGGCGAAGGGCGGCUUCAAGAACGGCGAGGAGGUGCGGCAGCGCGUGGUGGGGCUCCUCUCCGGCAAGGUGGAGCCUUUCAUGGCGGACGACGAGUACAAGGGCGUGGGCGACACGGCGGCGGAGGUGCGCCCCGUCCCGUCCGCGGCUACGUGGAAGCAGCUGCUCGGCAUCUUCACUUUUUACGGAUGCGUCCCCGACACCCCGGCGGAGGACAUCGUCCUCACCUUCCUAGAUCGCCUGCGUACUCCCUCGUCACGCAAGCUGAACCCGCUGCCUCCGUACGCGGAGCGUGUGGACGCGCAGACGCUGCGCACAAAGCGCGGCAAGGACUUGGUGCGUCGCGGCAACACCUUCCAAGACGCGGCGCUGCUGCUGCUAGAGGGCUUCGCGAAUGGGUCGGCACCGCCGGCGAGCUGCCUGCACCCGCACGCAUCGAGCUACGACGGCACGGACUACCUCACCGCCUUCUUGAUCGUCGUCGCCAUCCGUGCCAUUCAACUGCCGCGGGAGCAAAUCUACAAGGACGCGGAGCUUUCAGUGCUGCUCGGCAUGACCGCUGCCCUCGAGUGCAACGAGGAGACGUGGCUCUGGGGCCUCAUGCCGCUGCACCUCAUUGAGUCUGCCCCUGACCGAAUGGAUGCCGUGCGCAGCUUCUGCAAGCGCAACGCGAUGCGGGCGUCCGCGCUGAAGGAGCAAGGCGGCUCCACGACCGAAUUUGAUCGUCUGAUCACGCUGCUGCGCGUGGAUGCGACCUGGCUAGAGCCCGUUGUGGCGCCCACUGAGGAGGUGCGAAAGGCGCCGGAGAACAGCCCCAGCGUUGCCACGCACGCUGCUUUGGAGAAGGCGCUGGCGAAGCUGGCGAUGUAG